AUCUCCCUAUAUUAGUUCUAAAUUUUUUUUUUAUUCAUAAAUUAAAUUUAUUCGUCUCAAUCAACCGAUCAUCCACAAGCAAAAGCUACCGGUUUCUUCACCGGCAAAAAAUUUCCGUAUACCACACCGCCGCAGAGUUAAAGACCUUGCAAGGACCUGAAGACAUAAUACUUUUCCUUUGUGGCUGACCAGAUUUGAGUGAGACUCUCUUGUUCAUGCUAGGGAGGCUGGUGGCUUAUUAUUGUCAGAUGAAGGAUAUUGCCCUAGAUUCAUAAGAAUGGGUUUCCUGGGCUAAAUAGUUCAUACUAGGGCUUUGUUGGAGUUGAUUUGAGCUUAAUAUUGGGCAUGAUGAUCAAAUGUCAUUCCAUUGGCAUAUCUUGUUUUGACACAACAUAAGUUGAUGUGAGGGCUUGGGAUGAGGACAUAUUGCAAGUACAGGGUAUUUAUUUGGUGGAUAGCUAACUAGCUUUGCUAUUGUAUAGAACCUCAAUCAUACAUGAUGUUGCAAGCAACUUCUUGGUCAAUCUGGCAGGUUAUGAAGAGAUCUCAUUCUUAUGGUGUUCUUAUCAAGAUUGAUUAGACUGAACUGCUGUUAUUGCAGUCUCUUACCCUUCAACCUUUGAGUGUGAAGAGCUCAUAGGAAAUAGGUUCUGCUAUUGUUGCAGAAUUAAUGACCUUCCGAAAGAUGCUUCUUUGAUGGGGUGAGAAGUUGUUGAAAACCUGAAGUCAUUUAGACGCUGCCACUUAUUGGGGGGUGAGGGGUUGUUGAAAAACUGAAGUUCAUUUUACAGGCUGCCACUAACUGUGGGGUGAGCAUUUCUGGAAAACCUGAAGUUCAUUCUACAGGCUGCAGCUAACUUUCUGAGCAGUUGUGGAACUCCUUUGCACUUUGACAACUGCUGGUAGUAUGGGGCCACUUUCUCUUGGAAAGACUGUCUUGCUUAUGCCAUUUUUUAUUGAUGAUACGAGAUGAGGUUCUUGCUGACCAUGCUGCUUCCAAAGCACAUUUUUGACUGGGAUUUGUUUACUUUCUCUGUAAUGGUGGAUCUGUUGGUAGUGACAUGGGGGCAGAUGUGUACCAUCUCUUGUCUGUGGAUACUUUGAAUUGUUUGCUGGUGAAUAGAACUGAAUGGUGCACAGUUUGAGUGUGUUGCAACUUUAUUACAAUAUCCCUUCUAAGGUUAAGAGAGAGACGCUGAGCAGAUACUGUAGUGCUCACUAGAUGCAACAUUCUCUCUCUCUUUUCUCAAUGACAGCUGAUUUUAUCCUGAUUCAAUUGUAUGCUGGUAAUUCCUUUAAUUGAGCCUAUUGAGCUAGUGUUCCUGUGCCCCUUUGGAGUCUUAGGUUGUAAUCUUACUCUAUUGAUGGCUUAGUUCGAAAUAGAGUGAGAGAGCAAUCCUGAUCAAUAUAUUCUCUGAAUGGCAUCACAAUGCAGAGCUGGGGUCCAAUGGAAGGUACAUUUUCGUAGUUGUACCACUACGAUGUAGCACAUUGAUGCUAGUAUAUUGCUAAGUCUGCUGCAACUCCUUAGAACACUUAAACAUAAUGUUGCUUGGUCUAUGCAAUAUUGGAGGACAACUAUCAUAGUUGGUUGCGAUGAAUGAGAAAACAUGUGUAUUACCAGUUAGCCUAUGUAUUUAUGGUUGAGCUCCCAUUGAUGUAAGAAAAUUCUCUAACUAGUAACACAUCUAUAGCUUUGAGGAUUUCUAUCUAGUUCUUUGGGGCUCAUUGGUACCCGUCACUAUUCAUCCUUUUGUACUACCCACAAUCUUCAUGAGGAGGUGCCUCUUAUAUUUCACAUUGCAAGUAGAUGCAAUGAUGGAAGCUUUUACAGCCAUUUCACAGUUUUUGCUUCUAUCCCUAUUUUGUACUCUCAAUAUUUCGUACUAAACUUAGUUAGUCAAGCAUGAAGCAUAUCUGGUACAGUUGACAAAUUUAUUUCUAUACUUUCUCCCUCUGACAAGAUUAUUCUUAACUUGUCUCGUACCAUCAUUAUCCAUUUAGUUUCUAUCUCUCUAUAAGCCAACUUGUUUUGGUGCAUUUCAUACAAAAGAUUGCAGUUGCUUCUUUCUAAACUCUCAUAUGCUCUUUUACACCGGUACAUCUCAUAAAAACAACAUUAAUAAGUGUUUCCAGAGAUACUCUCGUACUCCUCCCCCACCCCUCGCUCUUCGUCCUGCAUUUGCCUGAGUUCUGAACCUUGAAACAGUCAUUAUCAGAAAGAUUGAUGGACACAAAAAUUGUAGUGGCUUCUUCUUAAUGGAACAUAUUUCAGUGAGACUGCCAUGGGAUGAGGGAAACCAAAUUGGCCAUGUCUAUUUGGUGGUAUGGCUCGUCAAAGAUUUCUUUUCGCGGAGAGAUAAAUUUAUUGCUAACAUUCGCGUACAAUGGGGCACAGAAAUUCAUUCAACAUGUCUCAGAUAUUUGGGACGGAAGAUGAUCAGAGAUGGAAUGUUCCAGAGCAGGCACCUUUGCCUUUCGCAAGGGCCGGUGUUCCGGAAGGCAGUAAUAUUGUUUAUCCAGUGGACAGUAUGUCAAUUGACGGGGUACACCAUUCUUCUCAGGGGCAUGCCUCUAGGCCAAGUGGAUAUUCUUCCUCGAAUCCAAAUAUGGAAAUUCCACACUGUCAGCCACAGGUUCAAGGUCCUUUUCAUGAUCCUUUUCUGCAUUCAGGUACUGGAGGCUUUCAUAUGAUCCAUGAGAAUUAUCCACAUCAAGCAUCUUCAUCAGCCCAUGGCGGCCAGACAUAUCAUGGGGUGGAUGGCGGCCUUGUUGACCUCACAAUGGGUAGUGGGAGAGGGCCGUACAAACGAAAGAGUCCUGGUAUACCUGCAGGUGGCGAAAGUGGUAGUACAAGCAGAUACUUCGAUGCUGGCAGUUCAUCUGAUCUCCCUUCUGACUCUUGGCAGGAAAAACAAAAUCCAGACCCCCAUUACACAACUUGGGGUUUACAUCCUAGUUACAGAGGUAAUAGUCUGUCUAUUGGAGGUGAGGGUUCUCAGAGGAAUGUAAGAAGCAGAGCUGCAUUUGAUCUGCAAAAUAAUGUAGGAAGGGCACAUAUAACAAGUACUCCUUCACAUCACUCUAACAGCAGUAGAACGUCCACUGAUUAUUGUAGUUCAGUGAAUUAUCUAGCUCCAAGUUCGAAUUCUUCAGCAAGGGAAUGGAACCAUGCUGUCAUGCCCCCUGCAGCUGCUCAUGGGAGGAACUUUGCUCCUGAUGCAAGCUUCUUUUGUUAUGAUAUGAACCACUAUGAUAUGGUUACCGGCAAUAUCUCUACCUCUCUGGAGAUGGGGAAUUACCACAAUGAUUUCACCUCCAACAGAAGUUCCCUUCCUCAACAUUUGCCUGGCAGCUUGCCAUCUUCAAGGGGAGUCCGAAGUAGCUACAGUCAAAGAUCUUCCCCUACUUUCAGGACUUCUUCAAGCUAUAUGCGUCAUGGGCAUGUUGGGACUUCAGAUGAUGGAUCACAGUUGUUUACUGAAGGUUACGCCUCAAGACAUUCACGACCAUUGUCUACUCUAGGACUGCGUAGUAGUGACCGAAAUGGGAGAACUAGGGUAUCUAGUGAUAGGUACAGAUCAUUGGCUGGUGAGGCAGGUUUCCGUGAGCAACUUGCAUCUGAGGGUGUUAUUAUUCCAGACCGCUCUACUUAUUAUGGAUCCAGAAGCAUGUUUGAUCAGCAUAGGGACAUGAGACUUGACAUUGACGACAUGGGCUAUGAGGAACUUCUUGCUCUGGGAGAAAGAAUUGGCCAUGUCAAUACUGGCUUGUCGGAGGAACUGAUUUCAAAGUGCAUGACCGAGUCAAUUUAUUGUUCCUCAGACCAAAAUCACGAGGAAGGAAAUUGUGUUAUCUGUUUGGAAGAGUAUGUUAACAUGGAUGAUGUCGGGACAUUGAAAUCGUGCAUCCAUGAUUUUCAUGUGGGGUGCAUAAGAAGAUGGCUGUCAAUGAAGAACGUGUGUCCCAUCUGCAAGAAAACCGCUUUGGAUGACGACGACAUGAAAGAAAAAUGAUUUAUUUAGGUAUGGCUUAUUGGGCAUUGAACUUGUGUAAAUAUGUAUUUAGAACAUUUCUCAAAUGGGGGAAAAACUAGUAUCACCUCAAAAGUUUGUACAGAAAAUGUUUUUCAUGUCAUCAGUCGUUUCUUUCAAAUGUGUAAAGAAUCUCCUUAUUAUCUCUUUUCUGAUUUACUUCUACUCUGUAUCAAAUCGAAACGCAAGCGCCUUCUGCAGGUC